ACGCUUUGAAGGACGCAGAUAGCAUCACUGCCAUAACAAGAAGCCUGUUAACUUUGCUGGCUCUGCUCCAUAAGGUCCAUAAGGUCCCCACAGGGCUGGGGAACGCAUCGCCCUGCACUCGUUAUGCCCCUCUGCUGUCUAUCGCUGGAGUUGGCUGUCAGAGAAACCUUGGAGGUCCCCUGCUCAGCCCCGGUAGUGUCAUGAGUUAGAUUAGUUGGAGUUGUGCUGGGGGCGGUGAGGGCUUGGAUUACAGUCCAGAACUCAAAGUGCUUCGGUGGUUCAUGUCGGAGGGGAGAGGAGACGCCCCAUCGCACAUAUGGAGGAAAAAGAGAAAAAGCGCUGCCUUUGCAACUGAGGGGGAAUAAAGGAGGCCAGGAAGAUGGACUCGGAGUCACUGGAUGGGUGCAUUCAGAGUACGUUAUCAGCACUCUACCCUCCGUUUGAAGCUACUGCAGCCACUGUUCUGUGCCAAGUUUUUGAUGUGGUGGAGAAGACGUACCGUGGAGAUGGACUGCGCUACCUCAUAGACUUUCUGAUUCCAGCCAAGCACAUCCUGCAGUGCAUUCAGCAGGAUGCCUGUGUUCAGUACUGUGGCUUGCUGUUUCGCCAUGAGGGCUGGCCCCUAUGUAUUCACGAGAAGAUUGUAGUCCAGCUGGCGUCCAUUGACUGGCGAAUCUUGAAGCCUGGUGACUUCUACCUGCAGGUGGUUCCCUAUCUGAAGAAGUCUCCACGAAUUGUAUUGAAAUGUUUGGCGAAAGACAAGCAUAAUGUAGAGGAAGUCGUGAUUCCAGAAGUUUCCUAUACCUCUAUUUUCACUCUGGAAUGGUUGAGUACUUUCAAUGGAGAGCGGCUAGGUAUAGCACUGGAAAAUUGUUUACUAACCACUGAUGAUAAAAUAUUUCGUGUCCCUUGGGAUAAAGUGGUUAAUCCUGAAUUGAUAAAUAAACCAAAAAUAAUUGAAAACAAUAUCAUCUCUCCAGAAAUAACAGAGGAACGUUCAAUGUUGUGCCUCCCCACGGACCAUGCAGAGUGCCAUUCACCAGACCUAGGAUCUCAGAAUCUACAGGAACAAAGUCCGAAUCAAGACAACCUGGUCAUUAGCAGCACAGCUCCGCAGUUAAGUGAAGCUCUUGUCAAUGGUGUCUGUACCAGUCCUGUGCCUCAAGACAACUUGAAAAGUGACCUUGAAGGGGAGUACGUUGAGCUGACGGAAGUUUCACUGCCCAGGUUUGGGCCACAAUCGGACUAUUUAACUCAGUCGCUAGCUUUAAACUAUCUAACUCAGCCCAGAACACGAGUGAAUUCAUCUAAAGGCAAACACAGGUUUCUUGUCAUUCAAGACAGUACCUACUCCAAGAACUUAAUUCAGCCAGCACAUAUGCAGAAGGAGCACUGUCAAAUGGACACUCCGAGGACUUCUUCUACAGAAGUUCUCAUAAAUGGAAUUCCGUUGCAAAGCAACCAGAUGACGUCACAUGGAGAACUGUCUCCAGAAGGUCAGCUGAUAUCAGCUGGUCCUGGAAACAUGGGGAGUAGCUUUCCUGUGGCUGAAUCUCCUGCCUGCAGUGCAGAAGAUUCAUCUGCAGAGCAGGACACCCACAGCGAAUGCUCUAUUGAUUGGCAAUACAGCUACAGUGAUGUGUGUGCUGGACAUGGUGUCAACUGCAAAGCACAAAUGCCUGGUGCUCCUGAAAACAGGGAAGGAGAAGGUGGUGGUCCUAGCAGAAAUCAUGGUGUUGAAACAUCAGAGCAGAGCCCAGAAACAACCCUGGAUGCUACUGCUGCUAGAGAGGAGUUGAUACUAGGAGUACAUGGCGAACCACUAACUGAGGAUCAAAAUGAGGUGACACGGAUGGAUGCCUCUCUUGUGUCUGUCCUAGAGCCAUCAGCACAGCGUUGCACACUGAAGGAAGGUUCUGAUGUUUCUUGCCAGACUGUCAGUGAAAGUUUGGCAACAGCAGUCCAGGCCACUACAUUGCUUAUCACACCUGAGAGUUCGGACAUAGGUGUGGAGAGAGACUCUUCUUCAGGGAACACAGCAGAUGUAGGAGCAGUCGUUGCUUGCUGCAGCGAGCAGGAUACAAAUCUUAGUUCUCCGUUAAGUCCUCCAGAACAGAAGCGAGGAGUAGAUGAAUUUGAACUGGGAAGAAGGGACAGCCCAGAGGAAGUCAGAGAUAUCGAACAAAUAUUGACUGUAAAUGAGAAUCGGACUAGUCACAGUCUCUGUUCUGACAAAGCUCCUACAAAUGGACUUUUGUCAGAAGGUGAAGAGCAAGGGGGAUCUGCCUGUCAGCAUAAGAAAGCUGAAGAAGCUGUACUAUUCCAACCUGCUCUGUCAGCAGAGGGUGAUCAGACGGCAGAGCAGUUAAAUAACGGGGACUCCUUGAUGGGCCCUGGUGCACAAGCAGAGGGCUCAAGUCAACUCAGAACCCAGAAGUCUGGAGAGGGGUUUGAGAAACCACAAAGAUGGGCAGAAAAGCAGGUCUGUGAAAGCGAAGACAACUCUGUGCUGAACCCAGAGCGUGUUGCAGUACGGGACAUGCAGGGAGGAGAGAAAAACCAAGAAAGCUUUUCUUAUGGGGAAAGGUCAAAGACUAUAGCCUUAAAAACACUGGAAUCUAUUGAAGAGGAACUGGAGAUUGGACCACUGUGCUCGGGACCUGCUGAGGGGCAUACAGAGCCCGCUGCUCUGCACUCCCACCAAGAGGCAGCUUCUGGGGCGUCAUCUCCUAAAGGGAUGGUGCCAGAAGAGGCAGAGAUGAGAAAAGUGGUGACUGGGACAGAUGCGUUGAAACCAGAGAGUAAAGUCGGUGUCUUGGAGGAAACCUCAACAGUUGUUACUCCCACGACAUCCCCAGCUUCUGGGAGUGCCUGGGGUGAUCGCUCUGCACCUACCAUAGUCAAGGAUGUGAACCUGGAAGUGCUCAGGAGCGGAGUCGCCUGCCUGCCUGGUACCAGAGAUAAAACAGGACGUGCAGUGGCCAUAGUAACAACAAGGAACACAGCGUGGUUAAACCCCCACUGCAACACCGCUGAGCUUGUACGCCUCCUUCUGUACUUUCAUAGCAUUCCAAGACCAGAAUGUCAGGCUUUGGGUCUGACUGUUCUCGUGGAUGCUCGUCGCUGUUCACCGGUUCCUGCUCUCUUCAAGGCAUUCAGCAUAUUGCAGGACAUGGAUCCUCAUUGUAUUCAUGGAGUGCUGCUUCUGGUUGAAAGAGAUCUGACUUUUCGGAUGGAGAAGCCACCAGCAGGACAGUUUGAACUUCUCACCUCCAUGAAAUCCCUCCAUAAGCACAUAGACAGCACACAGCUGCCUCUAGAACUAGAUGGGACCUUCCCUUAUUGCCACCAGGACUGGUUAAACUUCCGCAUGAAGCUGGAACAUUUGCUACAAGAAUGCCACGGUGCUUGUGCCCUCCUCCAAGGAGCGAUUCAAAAAGUGGAAUCUGAAAAAUUACCAGCAGGAGCUGAGAAGGCAGCUGUGCUGCUGAGGAGUUACAGGCAGCUAAUGAAGAAUGUUCUUGGAGACCCACGGCUGGUCAUGCUGCUGCUGGAGGGUGGAGCACUCCUGGCCAGGCUGAGGAAGGAGGAGUCCUGUGUCACCCUCACCCAUGACUACAGAGAUGCACUUGAUGCUGUCAGUGUGCUUUAUAAACGAGUUGACGAGGACGUUCACCGGAUGGUGAUGCUGUCGAACAAACGCAUCCAGGAACUGGAGCUGGUGAUGGACUUUGAGAAAGUAGAAGAAUGUUUUAAGGAGGUCAGCAGUUGGAUUGAGAAUGUUGGCAGAAAACGGCUGAAGGAAACGAUCAACACAGAUGAUUCUUUGGAGACGCUGGUUCAAGUGCAAAAGCAGUUCAAGGAGUUUGAUCUUAUUGCCAGUGAAUAUUGCAGAAGGGGGCAGGAAGCACUGAAGAAGAUGGAUCGGUGGGAAGACUUUUCCUCUGUGGAUGUACAUUCUUACAGGGUAAAGCUGCAGACCUGCAAAGAUCAGCUGGAAGAGUUCUGUACUCAGCUGGAUGAAAACAGGCAUCGAAUCUGUGAGAUGGUCAGGCUGUAUGAGUUCUUUGACAAGGCGUAUGAGUGGGCCUUGGAAGGGAUGCGACACCUUGCCUGCGUCAGCAUGGAGGACUGCAGCUCCGCUGAACACUGUACAGAUGUGAUCAAGUGCCUGGAGAGUUACAAGGCACAGCACCCAGACAUCAGCGAUACCCGGUUCCAGGAGAUGAAGGAGCUGGCCUGUGAGCUGAAGAGUGACAAGGGACUCAAGCAGUGGAAAUUUGCAUGGUCCAAAUGCCAGGAGACCAAGCUGGUUUUUGAAAAGAAGCUCGAAGCAGCCUUGAGAACAAGGAGGGCUCUGCUGUCGGACCGCAAGCCAGCUGCAGGGGAGCAACCCCGGGCUAGCAGUGAGGCUGGCAGUCUGUCCCACCGGAGGCACUCUGAGGGAGCCACCUCCGGGUCCCACUGGGACAGGACAUACACCUCGUCUCACUGCUACAGCAGGCCCAGCUGCUCUCCGGGUUGGACUAAGGAGAAAGCUCCCUCACCCUCCCUGAGCUGCCCUGGUGAUGUCAGUGCUGGGGAAGAAUUUGCCUGCCAAGCUGCUCUCAGCUCUGGUCCUCAGUCAAGCAGAGUUUCCUUUUCCAACGGAGCCUCCAAGUCUCCAAAGCUACCUGAAGAAAAGACAAACCUGGAGAGUAUAUUGGAAACCCUGGAGAUGAAGCCAUCUUGCACCUCAACUCCGGCCUCUGGGAAGCCGCCCCUCAGGAGGGUACUCCGGAAGGCCCAAAGCUUUGACCUGCCCUGUGGUGAGAGCCUGUGGUCAGGCUGCCAGAGGACACUGAGCGAGCCAGCCAGAUACGGCAACACCGGUGUCUUUAUUAAGGGGCUGGAGGUGAGCAGCACUGAGCUGGUGGACAGGACUUUCGCGCUGCGGCAGCAAGCCGCUCACAGCUGGGCUGCAGACUACCUGCUGGAAGGACAGAGGGGCUGCCUCUCUGCAUCCGAAGCCAAGAGCUGGGGCAGCAAGCUGCGGCACAUCAUUGAUGAGAUGGUAACCACAGAGCGGGAAUACGUGAGGUCACUUUGCUACAUCAUCGAUAGCUACUUCCCUGAGAUGGAGCGCCUUGACCUUCCUCAGGACCUGCGUGGGAAGCGCAGCAUCAUUUUUGGGAACCUGGAGAAGCUUUAUGACUUCCACAGCCAAUAUUUCCUGCGAGAGCUUGAGAGCUGCUGCAACCACCCACUGCGGGUCAGCCACUGCUUCCUCCGACACAAAGACCAGUUUGGGAUGUAUGCGUUGUAUAGCAAGAACAAGCCGAAGUCGGACUCGCUGCUGGCCAGCCACGGGAAUACCUUCUUCAAGUUCAAGCAGGUGCAACUUGGUGAUAAGAUGGACCUGGCCUCCUACCUGCUGAAACCCAUCCAGCGGAUGAGCAAAUAUGCCCUGCUCCUGAAGGACCUGAUCAAGGAGUGCAGUGAAGCACAGGAACAGGAGCUGGGCUACCUCCGUGCGGCUGAGGAGAUGGUGAAGUUUCAGCUCCGGCAUGGAAAUGACCUGCUGGCCAUGGAUGCCAUCCGUGACUGUGAUGUGAAUCUGAAGGAGCAGGGGCAGCUGGUGCGGCAAGAUGAGUUUACCAUCUGGCUGGGUCGUAGGAAAUGCCAGCGACACGUCUUCCUCUUUGAGGACCUGAUCCUGUUCAGCAAGCCCAAGAGGAUCGAGGGUGGCCUUGAUGUGUAUAUCUACAAGCGCUCCUUCAAGACCGCAGACAUCGGUCUGACGGAGAACUCUGGAGACAGUGGCCUGCGCUUUGAGAUCUGGUUCCGAAGGCGAAAGUCCAGUGACACAUACAUCCUCCAGGCUAGCUCAGCUGAGACUAAGCAGGCCUGGACCAGUGACAUUGCCAAGAUCCUGUGGCAGCAGGCAGCCCGCAAUAAAGGUGUGAUUCCUUCCCAGGGCGUCUGUGCCGCAAAAGAAAUCCGUAUGCAGGAGAUGGUCUCCAUGGGUGUGGGCAACAAGCCAUUCCUGGAUAUCAAACCCAGCGAGGCAGCUAUCAAUGAUCGUGCUAUCGAUUACAUCAUGAAAGGCAGAGGUGCCAGGACCAGAGCAUCAAUCGCGGUGUCUCUGUUUGACCAUUCCAACCCGUACAAGAGGACACAGUCGCAAUUCUCCACUGGCAGCACUCCCACUGCGUACAGCCCUUCCUCCUCCUCCCUGCUGGGGCCCCUCAACCUCCACACAUACCUGGACCAGGUGCUGCUGCCAGGCACCCUGGCCCCCAGCCGCCCCUUCGACAUUGGCACUUGCAUUGAGGAAGAUGAGCUGGAGCAUGAGACAAGCAGCCAGCCGUCACUGACAACAGAGAUCUCAGAGUCAUCGCACUGCAUGUCGAUCAGCGGCUCCAGUGGCUCUGACAGUGGCUGUGUCUCCAGCAUCCCACAAGAAAGCUUUUGUGAAGACAUGGGCUCACCCCCCUACAUGCCCCUCGGCUCACAACACAGCUCUGUGAUGGAGGAGAAGCCCAGGUUCACCAACAGCCAGUAUGAUUGCCAUUUCAAACUCCCCGAAGAUCCCAGGCCUCUGACCAGCAGGAGAUGAUGGUCUUCACCCAUGAAGAUCUUUUUUUUUUUUUUACACAUAUUCAGGCUCUUUCAAGCAGUCCCACGUCUGACCUCUGGCUGGGGGCGAGUCCCAAGGGGGUUUCUGUCAAUGACACACAACAGCUUUGGCGUUCAUGGGACCUUGGGCAUUCAAACUUGUUAGCCCUGUAUUUAUGAGUAAUAAUAACAUAGCAGUUUGGGGGGGGAAAAAAAAAGUGUUAUUUUUAAAGCUAUGAGCUGUACAGAUUUUUGUUACGAGUGACUCUGUUACUGUUUGUUCUGCAAGCUGCACAUUUUAUAAAGUUUUUGGAAGGGUUUGAAGAGAAACUGAGGUAUUUAAGAAAAGUAGUCUAAGUUUCUGUUUCAGGGUUAUUUGACCUGGAGCUCAAGAUUUAACGUCCUUUCUUAUGUUCUAAAUAAGUCUAUCAUAGCAAUAAUUUAUUUUCUUGGCUUAACACUUCUGUUUUAUUAAAACCAGUUUCAUUGUUACAGUGAAUUGUUUCUUCAGGCGAUUCUUCUGGUGCCUCGGUGCUGAGCUUAUCUCUGUCUUAACCACCUGUCAGCUCUUCCAGUCUCUGUGCAAUUCCCACGCUAACCAGCAGCCAGCUAAGCCAUGUACAACAUGAGCACAUUCCCCAGGAGAGGUGGAAUCCUGGGCAGCAGUGCCUAAGGUCUCCCCUGAUGUGGGUGGAGAAGGCAGAGGCCGAGCGGGGAGCAGCCAGCAGAGACAUCACUAGGAGCGGUGACAAGAGCGCUGAGGCACAGAUUGCCACUUUAAGCCACUCACCCCCUGUAGCUGCUGUCCUCCUCACAAGUGUCUCUCUCCCCACUGGAUCAGGGCCCAGUUGCACAAGGUGCCUUGUCCUGGUGGCCAGGCUGUCCCCUGCCUUUGGGAUGACAGAGAGUGGCUGCUUGCUUUGCCUCCACUCAGGCCAUCUCCAGGCACAUCAGUCCCACCGCUGUGCCGUGUUUGAGGUGUUUGGGUGGUGGUGGCACCACCCAACAGGGUUUGAGUAUGAAGAGUUGGUUGUGAUGCUGAGCCUGAAGGAACUGGUUAACAGGGGGACGGUUGUGCCCUGUGUUCCAGGGGUGCCUGUUCAUGAGAGUCGUGGCAGCUCCCUGCUUUGAUGUGACACGCUUGCCCUGGUCUGAGGGCAAUUGAAAAUUAGCUUUUUUUGGAAACUGUAGUCACUUGCUGCCAAGCUCCUGUUUACUCCUGGUUUAUGAAGUGCUGCAAAUUGGGGUCCCCCAGGUGUUAGAGAGGUGGUUUCACAUUGAGCCUCAGGAAGCAGAUAAAGCAGUUGGUUGUUUAACUGUGGUUUUCUCCCGGUAGCUGUGGGAAGGGGGAAGCCCAGUGCUGUGGUCUGAGGCAUGAGACCUCACAGCCACCUCAGUCACCACCAGCCCACAGACCACGUUCCUUCACACUUGGAAAUUCCUGUACCCAACAUGGAAUGCUUGUUUAUUUUAAUAAGCUGUUCGUUUUUCAGACAGUAAGAGAAUAGUUUGACACCUCUGUACAAAAUUGCGUGGGAAACACUUGCACAGGGACGAUUUUAGGACUUCCUGUUCUAAAAGAACUGCUGAGUUAAUGCGAGAGUUUGCAGCUGUCGAGACAGCGAUGGUUCACGUCGCAAGAGAGAGAAUUUACUGAUGCAACAAGAGGAACGUGAAACUUCCUGAAUUUCUCAGUUUCAAAGGUUUCUGCAUUGCUGGAAAAAAACCUUUAGUAAUGUUUACCUGACACUGUUUUUUCAGGGUUUGAUGGAUUUGUCUAAUAAAGGUUAUUUUCUUUAUAUUAAAUCAUUUGCAUUGGAUGUUGCUUUCAGCUGGAGAACCUGGGCCACGGAAAAGGAAACUAGCAU